AUGGUGGUGUGGGCCAGCGUCCUAGGAGCUACGCAGCUUCCCCACGGAGAUGUUCUCGUGGAAGGUGAAACAGAGGGGGGAGAGUGGCAGGUGGCGAGAACGCUCUGCAGUUUUAAAGGGGGUAAGGUCCCUAUCUGCAGCAAACAAGAUCUGGUGCUGACCCCCACAGACUCUAACACCAUUGAAGUGGAUGUCCGGUCGACUCCCACCCCUCCACCCGCCACAGCCAGUCCGUUUCAACUAAACUCUGUCGAGCACCUCAACCCAGCCCAACUGCACAAAGUGGAGGAGCUGCUGCAGCGGUGGAGCUCAGUGUUCGCAACAAGUGAGGAUGAUUUCGGCCGCACAAGUGCAGUGUUGCAUCAGAUCCCAACGGGGACUGCUCCACCAAGCAGAGAAAGGACGUCAUGCUCGGCUGCCAGUGGAAAUUGCAACAGGAGCCCCAUCUGA